GAAAGAGGUACAUGAAGAAAAUACUACAUUCAGCUGCUUCAAUCCACGCUGUAGAGUUUGUACAUUUUAAACGCAAGUGUCAGUGCCAAACACAAGGAAAUCAAUAUGGAGUCGUACGACACUGGGAAAUCAUACGGGUCGAGACGGAAGACAUUCAAAAGCUUUGACUCGCAUACCGCCGCCUCCAUCUUCUUCGUCAUCUUCGUCGUGCGCUUGAUUGUAGCGAUGUUGAAUAACCUGGUUAUGGAGUGGUGUGAUCAGAUGGACACGGCAGUUACGCGAGGGAUAGAGUGGACGCACACACAACCCAACCAAGGAAAGGGAAGUAUGGCGUUCUCGCCAGCAACACACGUUUUUACGUCAACAUCCGUUUCCGGUGGGGCAUCAAUGUAG